AUGUCCAGCGGCAACGUGGAACUCCUGGGCGACAAUGUGGAAAUCCUCGACUACGAACCCGAGGGCGAGGCUCCCACCGCAGAGCAGUUUCCAGCGGCGAGUGCAGAAGACGAGAGCCCCCCAAUGUCCAUGGUGUUCACCGUCGAUGAUUUGCUGAGCAACAUCGCCACAGCAGAUCCGGCGGAACUGGAGCGGGCCUACAACACCGGACGUGUCUCUCUGGAGGAUAUCGUAGAAGCGGCCCGUCUGUCGUCCGAUUCCCCCCUUUUCGUUCCUCCUUUCUCGCUCCCGCCGGAAGACAGAUUAAUCCUCUUGCCCCACGACGAAUUAAUGGCGUACCAACGGUUGAACGAGGUUUGGUGCGACGGUCUUGCCGGGAAGAUAGCAGAGGCGGAGGCGCGAGAGCAGGCGAAGCGCGAGGACGCGGAGCGCUUGGCGGAACGGGAGGCUGCUCUGGCCGCUGCGGCGAGGAAGCAGGAGGAGGAGCGUGCGGCUGUUCUGGCGGAGCGUGAGGCGUAUCUCCAAGCGGCUAGGGCGAAGCAGGGGGCGCUCCGAUCGCGGCUGAAGGAGCUGGAGCCCCGCCACCAGGACCCGCGAGCAGCCCCCCACCCCCGUCGCCGUGUUAUCGCCCCCCCCCCCACGCAAUCCCAGGUACACCUUGGUCCCCAUCGUACCGCCUCGCCGCACGACAAGGAGCGUGAGGUGGCGGCGUCUCCGACGAACGAGCAGGAGCAGACGAGGACAGCGACUCCGGAUUUUUCGGUGGCUUGGGUCUUCCGGCUGGUGCUGAAGACGGGGCAUCGUUUGCGGCGGCAACCACGGUGUACGAGUUCCACGUGGGAGAUACAGCGUUCCUGUCCCGCCCGCUGGAGAUGCCUGCAGCAGGUGUCACCUUCCACGACGAAGAUAAAUUGGCAGCUCUUUUUGCAUGGGCUGGCAUCAAACAACUUGUCCGUGCACAAUUCCCCCCACCGCACACCGUUGCUUUCGGGCACAUCUACCACACACCGUACCUCGCGAAACUUCCGCCUUCUUCGCGGCAGUCCGUGUUCCAGCUGUUGUUCGCUCUCUGUCGUGCCACCUUUUCUGAAGGUCCUCAAGGAACGUCGGUGGUGACCCAGGAGGGAGGACUCCAGCUGCCUCUUGCUAGGGCUGCUUCGACCAACGACUUCAAGCACGAUCUACAAGCCCCCCGGCAGGCCUCUUCACGCCCUGCACAUGGUUCUGGGGAAAACAAGGAUUUCAGUAGGUCGGCGGCUCCGGUGUCCAAGAGCUGGAAGAACCGUUGGGGCGACCGGGAUUCGACGGCCAAGAGCGGGACGGACGACCACCACCGCUUCACCCAGUCUUCGCGAGGGCGCGGCGUCGGAGAUCACAGGCGAGGGCGAACCGUGGGGAACCAGCCUACGAGGUCUUCGCCGGCGAGUCGCCAUCGCCGGAGCAGGAGUCGGAGCGCAGAGCGACAACAGCGCACCAAUCCUUCGUCUAGGCGUGGGCGCAGCCGGAGCGGAGACCGUCGUGGGAGAAACACGCCUCCGUCUAGGCGUAGCCGUAGCCGGAGCCAGAACCAGAGCGGGGGCAAUAGCAGGGCGACCAGCACUGAUAGCAGUCGCGGUGGGAAAGGGCGACGGAAGUCAGGCCACGGUAUCAGGCAAGUGAUGUAU